ACAAAAACGGCGAUAAGUAUGGUCGUUUUCAAUUUUCCUCAUUCGUCGUUGAAGAAAUCUAAAGAGCAGGUAAGAUUAGGUUAUCCUCUCUUUCUACAAAGCUACUCCAUUUCUAUGGCGGAAGUAUUCACAAUCAAUGGAAGUAUAAUUCAAUAGAGAGAGACGAUCAUGCGUUAGAGAAGAAACCUUUGAACUUUAAUCGAUGAUUCGCCGUCUAUUCUCGUCUCUGACCAAUCGAUUCGCGUGGCGGAUUCCGAUUUUCGUCUACGGCAUCACUUGGACGGCGUUUCUGACGAUCACCGUCGCGAUUAUCUCGCUCGCACCAGAGUUCGCCUUCGUGUCGGCGAUUUACCCGUCUUCUUCUUCGGUGGAGUUCUCGCGGCGGUGCGGAUCCGACACCGCUGUUUUGGUGCCGCUGGAUAUUCCUACGGAGGUGUUUUGUUUGCCGGCGAAUCUUUUCCGGAGGUCGAAAAUGGACCUCGUUGUGCCGCCGGUUUUUGCUGCCAUUGUGGUGGCUGUUUCUGCCGUCGUCGUACGAACUAUGGGCCUUUGGGAGGAAGAAGAAGCCCAUUAAUUUAGGCCUAUUAAAUGGUUUGGGUUAUGUUCAUCCUUUAUAACCUUGUAUUGUAGUCUCUUAAUUUCAUUUGUAGAAAUAAUUGGUAAAACAAAAUAUAGUGAAAUAUAUUAGGGGUUUUAUUACAUUUAUUUAAGUUUUCUCCUUCUA